AAUAUUAUGCGCUUGUCUCUAGCACUAAAAGGACUACGUCACAGCAGUUUUUCCGUAUUACAAAUAGUCUGUCACAAUUUUAUGUUAUCAAUUGACAUGGCUGUUUUAUAACUCGCUAGCUACUUUGGCUAGCAAAGGAAUACAAUACAGGAAGCAAGACAAGCGGGGGUGGGAAGUCUCAGUCGUGCCCCUUGUCCAUUUAUUAUUUUUUUCCGUUUAGUAAACGCGGUGCUGCAGAUAUUGUUUUUGGACGACAUUUUCACAGUACAGACGUGAUUUUCAACGAAUUGGAGACCACUUGUCUUGAAAAUAAUUUUUAGCUCACCUUGGUUGGAUGUCUUCUUAAGGAAGCUGUCUGCUUGCUUGUGGAAUUUCAAACGUCGUCGUGGAUACAGCGACAAAGGGUAGUUAUCCUAACCAACCAGGUAGCCAAAUUAGCUCUAACCUUCUAGCUCUAAGACGUAACGACAUAUUUAGAUUGCUGUUAAACUAAUAGUAGCAGGAUACAGUUUUCACACACGGCUGGACGACUGUAUAUUACGGCCAGUGACACAUUUUACAAUUCUAUAAGCUAACAUCAGCUGAUUAUCCAGGUUAGCCAAUAUAAGAGGCUAGCUAGCUCGCUUAGCUUAAUUUAACGAGUUCGUAGUUUUACAUCUAUUGAAAUUAGGUUAGCAACUUAGUGAUACGAAAGCUUGUCAGAAGAGGCGUAAAUGUAACUCAUUAUUUGGCUGUCGCAACACUAAAUUACUGUGAGUUAAUCUGAGUUCAGUUUAGGGACAGACGCUUCUGAUUGCCUACGAUACUUGAGAGAUUACCCGAUAAAUAGCAUUUAGCUUUGUUAGCCAACUGUCGCACAGCUUUUGCCAACAUCUGAUGGCUUUGAGCUUCACUGAUCUAGCUAACCAAAGGAAAUAUCUCAUUUAGAGCUAUCUGAGGACACCAGCUGAGUAAAUUAAUUGUUAAGUCAUAUAGAUGCUAUUUUAGGCUAUCUUUGUUGUAAUAAUCAGUACACAACUAGCCGACAACAUCCGUUUGGUCCCACAGAAACAUCGUUCUAUGUCAGCCUCCGAGUCUUCCUUUACACCUGUCUUCUGAAGAAGAAGUCAGAACUUGAAUAAAUGCAAUGGAUUUAAAAACUGCUGUUUUCAAUGCGGCCCGGGACGGGAAGCUUAGAUUGCUUCAAAAAUUAUUAGAGAACAAGACUGACCAUGAGGUAACGAAGCUUGUGGCCGAGAAGACUAACGGGGCUACACCGUUACUAAUGGCAGCGCGAUAUGGGCACCUUGACUUAGUGGAGUACCUUCUGGAAUGCUGCUGCGCCCCAGUUGAGAUUGGAGGCUCCGUGAACUUUGACGGCGAAACUAUUGAGGGGGCCCCGCCACUAUGGGCUGCCUCAGCUGCCGGGCAUUUGAAAGUAGUACAGUCUUUACUUGGCCACGGUGCGUCUGUAAACAAUACAACUCUAACCAAUUCAACACCCCUGAGAGCCGCUUGCUUUGAUGGUCACCUGGAAAUCGUUAAAUACCUGGUGGAGCACAAGGCUGAUCUCGAGGUUGCCAAUAGACAUGGUCACACUUGCCUCAUGAUUUCUUGUUAUAAGGGCCACAAGGAGAUCGCACAGUAUCUGCUGGAGAAAGGCGCCGAUGUAAAUAGAAAAAGUGUCAAGGGUAACACAGCUUUGCAUGAUUGUGCAGAAUCUGGCAGUUUGGAGAUAAUGAAAAUGUUGCUGAAGUAUGGCGCCACAAUGGAGAAAGAUGGUUAUGGGAUGACCCCGUUACUCUCUGCCAGUGUCACUGGACACACGAAUAUUGUUGAUUUCCUCACGCAGCUCCACCAGACCAAUAAAAUGGAAAGGAUUAACGCCUUAGAACUCUUGGGGGCCACUUUUGUCGACAAAAAAAGGGAUCUUCUGGGGGCUUUGAAAUACUGGAAACGAGCAAUGGACAUGAGGUAUAGUGACGGCAACAACAUUCUUCUGAAGGAAGAGCCAAAACAACUGAUAAUGGCAUACGACUAUGCUAGAGAGGUGAACAGCGCAGAGGAACUGGACAGCUUAAUCGCUGACCCCGACGAGAUGAGAAUGCAGGCCCUGCUAAUCAGAGAACGGAUCCUUGGUCCGUCACACCCAGACACCUCCUACUACAUCCGCUAUCGAGGUGCUGUGUACGCGGACUCUGGGAAUUUUGAGAGAUGCAUCAACUUGUGGAAGUACGCCCUAGACAUGCAGCAGAGGAACUUAGACCCUCUUAGCCCCAUGACCGCCAGCAGCCUGCUCUCCUUUGCUGAGCUGUUCUCUUUCAUGCUGCAGGACCGUGCCAAGGGGCUGCUGGGAACCUCCGUCUCCUUCGAUGACCUCAUGGGCAUCCUCAGCAAAAGCGUUCUGGAGAUCGAGAGAGCCGUGAAACAACCCCAGCCCGGCCCGGACCCAGCCCAGCUCAGCAAGGUGCUCUCGAUCAUCCUGCACCUUAUCUGCCUGCUGGAGAAAGUUCCCUGCACCGUAGAGCAGGACCACUUCAAAAAGGAGACCAUCUACAAGUUCCUGAAACUCCACCCUUGCGGCAAAAAUGGCUACAGCCCACUACACCUCGCCGUAGACAGGAACACCACCUGCGUGGGACGCUACCCGGUUUGUAAGUUCCCGUCUUUGCAGGUGACUUCCAUCUUGUUGGAGUGUGGCGCUGACGUGAACUGCAGAGACGAAGACAACAACAGCCCACUGCAUGUUGCCGCUUCCAACAACCACCCUGACAUAAUGAACCUGCUGAUCGCCUGUGGCACACACUUCGACAGCACCAACUCCUUCAGACAGACAGCUUGCGACUUGCUGGAUGAAAAGGAGAUGGCCAAGAACCUCAUUCAACCCAUCAACCACACCACACUACAGUGUUUGGCAGCCCGGGCGAUUAUCAAACACAACCUCACGUACAGAGGAAACAUCCCAGAAAAGUUGGAAGCUUUUGUGCUUCUACACAGAUAGUGACUGUUCAGUACCCUUUCAUUGGCCAGAAAGGAUCUCAACUCUUAAGAUUACCAAUCUAAGACCUCCAUCUUCCAAUUUGUCUCUCCCCACAAAGCCAAGAAUCACAGCUUGGAAACUGAUGAUGAAUAGAAUCUGUUACAUGGGCAUGCACAAUAUGUUGAACAGAUUAUUUUCCUCUCCCUUUCUGAAAUUACAAUUAAAUCGCUAUUAAUUAUGCCUAUUUCUUGCUGUUUAACAACAUAUUUGACAUCUUUCCAUGUCCCAUCUACUUUGUAUCUCUACCUCUAUGCAAAGAUGGUGGGAUAAGUCUUUGAUCAUGUCUCAGUUUGUUGCAGUUUAUGGGUAGUAUAUGACUACAGUUGUAAGUUUACUGUGCUCCUAGUCAGUGAUUACUCCUUCCAUUGCUAGUUUUGUUGAGUGGAAUUGAAUGCACCCCCCCCCCCCCGACAAGCAUAAAGAAGCUUUAUGAUGUGAUUAAUGUUUGCAAAUACCAUAAGUGCUUUACUUCUCCUAUGCACAGGCUACAAUAUACGACUGUUCUGUGUUACUGGACUGUGCCCCUCGUUUUGUGACAGCCUUCUACUCAACGUUCAUCAUUUUCCACCCAGUGUUCAUUCUGUUUUUAUUUAAAGCUGAGAGGGCUACAGUUAUGGACAACAGGAGAAGUUUUAGAGUUAUUAUGAUGACAAAUGGGCGUUGUUCUUAGCUCAUCAUGGUGAUCUUUGAGCCUGUUUUUUUUUUUUGUUGUUGUUUUUUUAAGAUGGGCGGUAUAACAGGAGACAGAGGUUUGUUUAUUUUUCUUAUUGCACAGCAUGUACUUUAGUUCAACUGUUUCAUCAUUAAGCUUGAUCUAGUUUACCUAUCUGUACUGAAAUACUCAGAACGCUGAACUCAGACUGAAAGUGUUCGUGUCGUUUAGAGCUGUAUGAAUUUGGGAAAUGGGGGAGAAGCCUUAUAUAGAUAUUAACUAUGUACAUUAGCCGCAGUUGUGCAAUUUGAGAACAAGGGCUUUUCAUAUUUUUUGGAGCACGUUUCGUUAGUUAAUGAAACAUAACAAAUGUACAGUACCGCUGAGGGACUUGCACUUUAUUACAAUGGGGUUUGAUAUUUCAUAUUACAACGACAUGACGCUUGUUAAUGUCUUCAUGGCAUAUUUGACAAUAAACCUCUGUUGCACUUGU